UGUUAAGAUAGAAAUUUUCUACCAGAUAUUUUAAAACAUUUACAAGGAGGGUUGAAACGUUUGUAUGAAAAUCAGUUCUGAAUUUUCAGUAGUUUUAAUAUGCAUUACCUACAACCGUCAUUGGUAUAAUAUAAAACUGAAAUGUAUAUUUUUCACCAGUUUAAAUUCGUUAUAUACAGGAAAAAAGAAAUGUUUGUUACAUAUCCUAGAUGUUUUAGUAACUGCAUAGUAUUUAAAGUUGCAAGAUCUUUGUCAUCUCUCUCCAAGGAUAUUAAUAUUGCGGGUUCUGAUAAAAUAAAAGCUUUCGAAGAAAUACCAGGACCAGUAAGGCUACCAAUAAUUGGAAAUUUGUAUCAAUAUAUGCUGGGGAAGUAUAAAAUUGAGAGGUAUCACAAAGUGUUGGAAGACCUAUAUAAGCAGUAUGGACCUUUGGUAAGACAAGAUUUUGGGACUAGCACAGUCAUUCAUGUAUUUGAUCCAGAUGAUAUCAGAACUGUUUACAUAAAUGAGGGGUCAAUACCACAUGUUGUUCCACUCCAGGAGACAGCACAGUUAUACAGGCAGACACGGGGUAUGUCCCUUGGCUUAGGAAAUGUAAAUGGAGAUGAAUGGUAUAGAUUACGGAGUGCAGUUCGUCAAAUGAUGCUUCGGAGAAGAGAAGUCCACUACUAUUUACCAUUAGUGCAAGAAGUUGCAACGGAUUUUGUGAAACACAUCAUAAGAAAGAGAGGGGAAAAUGGAGAAAUUGAAAAUCUUUCAGAUGAGGUAGCAAAAUGGUCUCAAGAAUCUGCAGGAAUUGUAUGCUUUGAAAUGAGACUGGGUUGCUUGAGUGGAAAUUUAGAAGAAGAAAGAGCUCAGGCAAUGGUGAAUGCGAAUAAAGUUAUGUUUAAUUUGUCUGGGCAGUUGAAAUUUUCUCUUCCUCUCUACAAAUAUAUUUUCACACCAAAAUGGAAGAAACUUGUUGAGGCUGAGGAUUUCUUCUAUAAGACUGCAACUCAGUAUGUGAAUACAACAAUAAAUAAAAUAGAUGAUUUAAUACAAAGAAGUGAACUCCCAGAAGGAAAAUAUAAUUUUAUGACAUAUCUGCUCUCACGGAAAGAACUGAGCAGGAAGGAUGUAACUGUUAUAACAUUUUCCUUGUUUGCAGAUGGCCUAAGCACGACUGUUCCAGCUCUUCUGUAUAAUUUAUACUGUUUGGCGACCAACCCUGAAAUCCAAGAGGAAGCUUAUCGUGAAAUUCACAGAUACUUAGAAAGAGAUGAACCCAUUACAUACACUACCAUUAACAAGCUGUCAUACUUAAAAGCAGUCAUGAAGGAAACAUUCAGGUUAUAUCCCAUUGGAACAGAGAUUUCAAGAAUUAUUCCAAAGGAUUUGGUUCUUUCUGGUUAUCAUGUGCCUGCAAAUACUCAUGUUAAUUUAAAUCCACAUGUACACUUUAAGUCUGAAAAAUAUUUCCCAAGAGCUUCUGAAUUUUUGCCAGAGCGUUGGAUGCGAGGAGGAGAAUCCAGCGAUAUUCAUCCAUAUCUCCUUACACCAUUUGGCCAUGGUGUACGAACAUGUGCAGGGAUGCGUUUUGCUGAACAAGAUCUUCAUGUUGCCUUGUGCUGCAUUCUUCUGAACUUCCAGCUGAAGUACCCAGUUACAGACCCUCUGGAACAAAUAUACUCCACUUUACUCUUCCCGGACGGUCCAGUAAGAGUUCAGUUUAUAUCCAGGAACUGAACAUAAUUAUUAAUACUGUCACAUAUUUAUGGCUCCGUGACUAAUAAUGGGUUUUGGACUGGAUUUAUUAACACUUUACAGGUCAUAGCUACAAGUAAUUAUAACACCAUUGCUGAUUUCCAAUUUACAAAUCACUCCACACUAGCCUUUGCAGUCUAUUUCCACCAGUCUUCACUAUCUGUUUCCUGGCAAUGAAUUUAUAACACAACUAUAAAAGUCUCACUAAAUUACACACUCCCAAUAGCACUAUAUGACAGCACAUGUAAAGUCAUACACUAUGUCUUCUUGGCACAGUCUAAUUCCUUUGACGACUGACUCCAACUGAACCAUGCUGAAUCUUAUAUCCUCUCGGCAUGGACCGUGUACAGAGAACAUACGUCUUCCAUUGUUUCAUGCAUGUCUGUUGGGAUUCCAAUGUUAUCACUAACCAGCCAGUCCAUUAACAUGCAGGCUGCUGCCUAGCAAUGGUCUUGGCAUGAACCACAUAUAAAACACUGCUCCUGUAUUGAACAUAUUUUCCUAGAAGUGGGUUUUUCUGGCUCUAUAGCUUAAUCCUUUGAGCAAAUCCAUGACAAUACAUAACUAUAUGAGAUCAGUAAUAUUAUAUUUAAUUUAAUAGUAAAUUGCACUUGUGGACAGAAAAUGCGAAUUUUCUGACUGCAGGCUUCGCUCAUUGAUAAUAUGAAUAAUUUGCAAACUGUAUUUUCCAGAAAACUUCUGUGAUGUGAACUGCAUAACUUGUAUUCACACAAAACCCUUUCCAGUAAUUCACAGGGUUACUAUAUAUUAUUAGCAUAAUUUCAUGUCUGAUUGUGGACUUUACAUGUGAUAAUUCAGUUUAUUCUCAGCCUUAGUUCAUUCUUAAUCAAGUUAUCUUUCCCUAGAUUUUGCUUUGCAGAAAUCUCCUGUAUGCACACGUAUCACACCUUUCAGUGUCCUCUUCCUCCAACAGAACAGUCCCAUAUGCACGCCUUUUUAUGCAGAAGCAUUUUCGUUAGUUCCUUUCAAAGAAUUUUUUCAUUAUUAUAUUUAAGCAUCCUGUUAUACUCACACAAUAUAUAUGAGACAAACUCUGUCUUAAGUGCAACAAUUUAUUUGUAAUACAAUUUUUUCAUGCUAGAGCUAGUAUCGCCAAUCACAGUGGUUGUGUGGUCUAAGGCAUGAACUGUUUUUGCUAACUUGAACACUGGGAUUGUGGGUUCACAUCCCACUCAAGGCGUGCU